AAAAAAAAAAAAAAAAAAAAAAGAUUCUUUUUUAUUUUUGAUUAUUUACACCAACGCUUUAAAUAGGCUUAAUUUUUUCUCUCGCCUCUUCGGCAUUCAAAGCCCAAAUUCUCCACCCUUUUUGCCUCUCUUUCCUCAGUCAUUUACUUAACAGAAUUUUUUCGGCAUUAAUUUAUAGAUUUUUUUUUUGCAGAAAUAUCUCACAAUAUCAUUUUUUUUUUUCUCUUAGAAAAAAAAAUAAAAUAAUAAAAGCCCAAAUCCCGAGAUUAAUUUUGUGAACACAACUUGACUUGCUAGUGAAUAUCCCUACUUUGGAUUGCAGGAAAAUUUGAUUAUGUCAAUGGCUGAGGAUGGUUCUAAUACUGGGUCACAUCAUAGAAAGGCAGGCUUGUUAAAGGAUCAAGUUCGAUUAAGCAAGAGAAAAGAUAUUGGCCGUUAUGAGAUUGUUCCAAUUAAGGCAUCAUUAUCAUUUGAGAAAGGAUUUUUUGUGGUUAUUCGUGCAUGCCAAUUGCUGGCUCAAAAAAAUGAAGGAAUAACCCUAGUCGGAUUAGCUGGUCCAUCUGGAGCUGGCAAAACUGUUUUUACUGAGAAAAUUCUGAACUUUAUGCCAAGCAUUGUUGUCAUAUCAAUGGACAAUUACAAUGAUGCUAGUCGAAUAGUUGAUGGCAAUUUCGAUGAUCCACGUUUGACAGAUUUUGAUACAUUGCUUCAGAAUAUAAAUGACCUUAAGGCUGGAAAGGCAGCCCAGGUGCCCAUCUAUGAUUUCAAAACAAGCUCCCGUGUAGGAUACAGGACAGUUGAAGCUCCUAGCUCGCGCAUUGUGAUAAUCGAGGGCAUAUAUGCUUUAAGUGAAAAACUGCGUCCUUUAGUAGACCUACGGGUCUCUGUGACUGGUGGAGUUCACAAUGACCUUGUUAAACGAGUUUUAAGAGAUAUACAACGUGCUGACCAAGAACCAGAGGAGAUCAUCCAGCAAAUAUCUGAAACAGUCUAUCCAAUGUAUAAGGCUUUUAUCGAGCCAGAUUUAGAAACAGCACAUAUAAAGAUUGAAAACAAAUUCAAUCCAUUUACUGGAUUUGAGAAUGCUACCUUUAUCUUAAAGUCGUUGAAGUCUAUUUCAGAAGAUCUUAUUAAAACUGUUUUGGCCGAGAAUCUGAAGGAGUCUGUUGAGCAGACCUAUGAUAUAUAUCUUCUACCGCCUGGUGAAGAUCCGGAAUCAUGCCAAUCAUAUCUUAGAAUGAGAAAUAAAGAUGGAAAAUACAAUCUUAUGUUUGAGGAAGUAUUAAAAGAAAAUCCAUUCAUCAUAUCACCUAGGAUAACAUUUGAAGUCAGCGUGCGUCUUCUUGGUGGGCUCAUGGCCCUGGGAUAUACAAUAGCAACUAUUCUCAAAAGAAACAGCCAUGUGUUCACGGAUGGUAGGGUGACUGUGAAGAUUGAUUGGUUGGAACAACUCAAUCGUCAGUAUAUCCAGGUGCAAGGAAGAGAUCGCUUGCUUGUAAGAUCUAUUGCUGAGCAGCUGGGAUUGGAAGGAUCCUACAUUCCUCGCACUUACAUUGAGCAAAUUCAACUUGAGAAGCUUGUGAAAGAAGUCAUGGCACUACCAGAAGAUUUAAAAACAAAGCUCAGCCUAGAUGAUGAUUGGGUUUCUAGUCCCCAAGAAGCCCUAUCUCGAGCAUCUGCUGAUAGGAUUGCAUGGAGGCACAAGAACCUUAAAAGUGGUAUGUCACGCUCAUACUCUAAUCAAAGAGACAAGAAUUCUUCGAAGUAUGAUGUGGGUACCAGAAGAUAUGAUGAGAGAAAUUGUGAGUCAGUGGCAACUUUGGAAAAUAAGGGUGUUGCUACACAACUGUCAGAUCAGAUAUCAACAUUAAAUGAUCGGAUGGACGAAUUUACAUCAAGGAUUGAAGAGCUGAGCUCUAAAUUGAUGGUCAAGAAAUUGUCUCCCAGCCAGCAAAAUAUGAUUCUGCAGUCUGAAACCUGCAAUGGCUCUGCCCCAACAUCUUAUUUUGUAUCUGGCUUGAGCAAUGGCUCCUUGACUGGCUCUAUUUUGCCGAGUAUCUCAUCAUCUUCCCAGUUGAAUAAAGAGUCACCUUUAAUAGAUGAGCUACACGGAAUUGCACGAGGACAGCGACAAAUUAUGCAUCAAUUGGAAAAUCUUUGCACUCUUUUUCGAGAGAACUUGGGAGAGAGGGAGAAGACUCGUCGAGGAAGAAAUAAGGGAAAAAGGAACAUGGCAGCUGAUGCUGAACCCAUCAGCCUUUCUAUGGCUGUGGCCUGUUCAUUAGCUUUUGGUGGACUAGGAAUUGCCCUAUACAAGCAUUGGGCUCGAAACUGAUCCAACACUAAUUGCAGUAUUUUACACUCCUAAACAUUUUUUGGGUUCCCUCAUAAUUUUUUUAUUCAAUACUAAUUUUGACAUUUUUGCCCUUCUGCUCGGGAAAAAUAUUACUUGAAGAUCAUGUAAUUGAUCGGUGUUUUUGAGAUCUUGAAGGCAUUGAAUAGGUCCUUUAAGGUUCUCUGAGAGUAGUUGAAUUAAAAAGAAGGGCUUAAAGAAAAAUUUUGUAAGCUAAUUGAUAAGUUAAGUAGGUCCUAGAAAAUUUUCUACAACCAUAUAUUUUUGUUGUUAACUAAAGUGGUCGCUCACAGGAAUUUCCAGUUCUCCUGCAUUGAACAGUACCUAAGUUCUAGAUUUAUAGUACUCUGGAUUAAUGGUUGAUGUAUAGAUAUAUUUCCAGUGUUAUGUCAUUGCUGGGAAUAAUACUAGCUAUUUACUCGUUAAUGCUUCGUAUUAGUCUGUCUAUAAGAUGUCAUUGACAAUAUAGAAAAAGUAUGCAAGCCUUUUGGCCCGUGUGUUUACAUGGUUUGUUAAUACCGAGAAAAAAUAAAAAAAUAAAAAUUUCUUUGCUUUUU